AGUGCACACAACACAACACAAUACUCGUCAUAAGGGACAGACAGCUACUGUACUCACCGAGGGUUGCAGAAGUGUGUGUGACUGAGGCUGAGGUAGAGGCAGAGAGACAUGGCUUCUUCAUCUUCAGUGCCAUUGCCACCGUCAUCGGAGGAGGAGAUGACACUCAAGGUCAAAUGGGCCGGCAAGGAUUACACCGUCCGAGUCUGCGGCGACGACACCGUCGGCGAACUCAAGCGUCGAAUCUGCGAGCUAACCAACGUUUUACCCAUUCGCCAGAAGCUCCUGUACCCUAAACUCGGUUCUAAACUCAACGAUGACACACUCUUACUCUCUCAACUCUCCCUCAAUUCCGCACUCAAGUUCACCAUGAUCGGGACUACUGAAGAAGAUUUGAUUGUGGAUCCAGUGGAGGCUCCUGAGAUUAUUGAUGAUCUUGAGCUUCCUCAAGAAGAAGCUAUUGACAUCAAAGACAUGGAAGUCAACAAGCACAAGUUGACUAGGCGCAUUAAUCAGUUCAAGGUUGAGCUUCUAAACCCGUGUCGAGAAGGAAAGAAACUCCUUGUUCUGGAUAUUGAUUACACCCUUUUCGAUCACCGGUCCACUGCUGAGAACCCUCUUCAACUUAUGAGACCUUACCUUCAUGAGUUUCUUGCAUCAGUUUAUUCCGAGUAUGACAUUAUGAUAUGGUCUGCGACCAGCAUGAAAUGGAUUAACCUUAAGAUGGGACAACUUGGGGUUCUGGAUAAUCCUAACUACAAGAUCACAGCGCUUCUUGACCACUUAGCAAUGAUCACUGUUCAGACGCCUUCUCGUGGGGUCUUUGACUGCAAGCCACUUGGUUUGAUCUGGGCUAAGUUCCCUGAGUUCUACAAUGCUUCAAAUACUAUCAUGUUUGAUGACCUUCGAAGAAAUUUCGUGAUGAACCCACAGAAUGGUUUGACAAUUAGGCCAUUCAGGAAGGCUCAUGCCAACCGAGAUAGUGAUCAGGAACUAGUGAAACUUACCCAGUACUUACUGGCCAUUGCAGAGCUUGAUGACUUGAGCAAGCUUAACCAUCAUAACUGGGAGUCAUUUACAGAUGAAAAUGCUAAAAGGCGUAGGCACAGAUAAGUGAUAAUGGACUUCAAUAAGAGGAAUCUGGUAUGGAAGAUCAGCUUCUAUAAGAGACUUUGCUUAGCCGGAGGUUUUCAAUUUUUCAUUUCAAGUCAGGACGGAGUGAAUGACAGAGAAAAUGACUCCCUGUGGCAGCUGUGUGGAGCUAUCUAAGAUGACCAAUAAUUAUUGUGCAAUUAUUAUGCACUGGUUCCUGGAGACUAGUAAUUCUUAUGCUUGAGAAAAUUAUGUGUUUUCAUGACUUGUUGAGAAAUGAGUACAAAACUCGGAUCAAACCGGUUUUUGUGGUUACUUUCCGAAUUUACAGUUGCCAAUGAGAAAUGACUGGUUGUGACAACUGUAACUGAUAUCCAAAGUGUUACAGAUUCUAAUUCUCGACAAUGUAUAAUUUAAGGUCAAUCGUAGUGGUUUUAGUCUGACUCUUAUCA